AUGAUGCUCGGCGGUCUGUGCUUCUUGAUGGCUACCGCGGUCCUAGCCGCUACACCCAGCCUGGCCAGCAUCAGACAAGCUAGCACCGAGGCCCAUGUGCCCAGCCUCAACGUCCCGGCCUGCCCGGCCACGGCGGCGGUGAAGUACAGCAAGUCGGUGCCGGACAGGGCCGACUUCAACCUGACCCAAGUCGAGCUGUGCUACGACGCGACAGCCAUCCGCAUCACAUUCACCGCCUUCAACGAGACAAACUUCCACUUCGACCCGAACCACACGCUCAACGACCCCAUCUACGAGUACGAGGUCAUGGAGGCCUUCAUCUCGGCCGGCCGCCACGACCCGAGCACCUACUUCGAGUUCGAGGUCAGCCCCAACAACGUCACCUUCAACGCCUUCAUCCUCAACCCGUCCAAGGUCAGGGCCGCCGGCUCGCCCUUUGGUCCCGCCUACGUCAGCGUGCCCUCGCCGCUGGACUUUGGCGUCACGGCCGCCACAGUGCUGGACAGGGCCGCCCAGACGUGGGUGUCGACCGCGCGGAUCCCACUGUUCAUGUUCAACGUGGACGAGGGAAAGGCCAAGGGCACGCAGUGGAGGAUGAACUUUUUCCGCACCAUCACAGCCCCCGAAACAUUCCCCGCCCAGAGGCUGGGGGCUUGGAACCCGCCCAGCCAAGCCAACUUCCACAUGACGCCUUUCUUUGGCCAUGUGAGGUUUGUGUAA